AUGUCUGAAAUCAUUCAAAUUAUCAACGCACGCCUUGUCGAGGGUGACUCCCUCAUCUCUCGAUCGCUGUGGGUUGACAGCGUUGCAGGCAUCUUCGUUUAUUCGCCUGACCCCGCCCUGGUGGUCUCGACGAUAGAUCUCCAGGGUCGUAUCCUAUCACCAGGCUUUAUAGACCUGCAAAUUAACGGGGCCUACGGUUUCGAUUUCUCUGAAGAUGCAUCCGAAGAUGCAGGGGGAAUUUCCUACCAGGAUCGAUACUCCGAAACACGUCGGAAGCUGAUCAAAACAGGGACAACGAGUUUCUUGCCUACAAUGACCAGUCAACAUGCCGAGCGAUACCACCAGAACCUCCCAUUCCUAGGGCCAUCCAAGUCCCGCAAUCCCUUCGAGGGAACCGAAUCGCUCGGCGCCCACUGCGAAGGUCCAUUCUUCGCCCAUAAUCGCAUGGGAGUCCACCUCCCCGAAGCAAUCCAGUCCUCAGGACCAAGCAGCGAACCAGAGCUCGUAAUAAAAACAUACGGAGCCAGCAAUCUUUUCAACGAAACAAUUUCACCACCAACCAACCCCCAAGAACAACUUGAAAUACCCGGCACAAUCCCAUCACACGUACGAAUGAUCACAAUGGCCCCCGAACGACCAGGAGCCCUGACCACAAUCACCCAACUCAGCAACAAAGGCAUAGUAAUGAGCAUCGGCCACAUGGCAGCAACAUACCCCGAAGCCGCAGCAGGAAUCAAAGCCGGAGCAAAAAUGAUAACUCACCUAUACAACCAAAUGAACCCGCAUCACCACCGCGAACCAGGACCACUAGGCAUCAUCAGCGGAGCGACAGAUAUAAAACCCGACAACGAGACGAAGAUCCUCCAAGGUCCCGAGGAGGGUGAUUCCAUAUCUCAUCGUCCCGCUCGGCCUUAUUUUGGCAUCAUUGCUGAUGGUCAUCACGUUCACCCGGCUAGUAUUCGGCUGGCACAUUUGACGCAUCCGGAGGGAUUGGUGCUUGUGACUGAUGCGUUGAUGCUAUUGGGAGGCGAGGAUGGGACGGUCGAUUGGUUGACGAGAAGGUUGACGAAGAAGGGGAUUAAAGUUAUGCUAGAGGGUACUGAUAUCAUUGCAGGGAGCUGUGUGACUAUCCCGCAGUGUAUAAACAAUUUUCGGAAAUGGACGGGUGGAUCGAUUCCGGGUGUGUUACAGGCUGUCACGUCUAGACCUGCUUCGAUUUUGGGAAUGGAGAAUGUCAAGGGGUCCUUGCGUGAUGGCGCUGAUGCUGAUUUUGUAGUCAUUAGUGAGGAGGAUGUGGCGGGACAGUCUGUGUCCGAGUUGGUGAUUGAUCAGGUGUGGAAGUUUGGGGUUAAGGUGUUUGAUCGGGGUUUAGAAUAG